AUGAUUUGGAUUUAAAAUUUUUCUGUCUCGUAAUGCACAGUUAUAAAUAGCACUAAUCGCAUCCAGCCUAAUUUGAUUAACUUCAUUUCGAAAUAUAUGCUCAAUCUUUUACACUAAAAUAGGUGUGUUUUCUAAAGUUCUUUUUAAAGCAAUAAUUCUACAAUCGCAGGAUUUAUAACAUUAACAAGUUUAUGUAAAUGUUUUUUUAAAAAACACCUUACUUAAUAAAUCAAUUUCUUUUACAGAAUCUCUUCCAAUGUGAUCGAAUUCAGUUGGUUUCCAAGAAUCAAGCAUUUCAAUUCUGAAUAGGUCAAACUCUACCUUUUUGAUAUAAUGUUGAAUGUUGCAGCAAUCAUCCUAUCAGUUAGAAGCGAACCUAGAAGACCUCCUGUAAACCAUUUCGAUGUACUUAUGAAUUUGUUUACUAAAUAUCUAUCUUUAUCGUCAUCUUUAAUAACCUUACCAUUUUUAGCCAAACCAUAAAUGAUUUUGACAUCUGUAUAGGUACCACCAAACCAAGUACGGUCAUUACCUUCGUGA